AGAGAGAGAGACCCAGCCAAUGGCAAUCGAGGGGGCGGAGCUGAAGGCCUCAAUCUCAGGGAAGUGAAAGGCCGAGUGAGUGUUUCUUCCAUCCUCACUUGUGCCAGAGGUGGCACGGUUCACUAGGUUGAGUAACGCUGACUCCUACUUGCUGGGCUUAUCAUGGCCUAUCCAGGAUAUGGAGGAGAGUUUGGGCCAUUUAGUGGCCAGAUGCCAGGAAUGCAGAUGCCAUUGGGACAGCCAGUGCCAGGAAUAGGGCCAAACCUGACCCCUGGUGGAUACCCUGGAUAUCCAAACAGUUAUUCCUCAGCAGAAGAUCCCAUAUGGAGAUACUUCACAGCUGUUGCUGGACAGGAUCUUGAAGUGGAUGCUGAAGAACUUCAGAGAUGUCUGACUGAAUCUGGAAUUAGUGGAACUUAUUCUCCUUUCAGUUUGGAAACCUGCAGAAUUAUGAUUGCCAUGUUGGAUAGAGAUUACACAGGAAAAAUGGGAUUCAGCGAAUUCAAAGAACUUUGGGCAGCUCUUAAUGCCUGGAAGCAGAACUUCAUAACUUUUGAUCAGGACAGAAGUGGCACAGUAGAACGUCAUGAAUUGAAUCAAGCUAUUACUGCUAUGGGUUACAGGUUGAGCCCGCAUACAUUAAAUGCUAUUGUUAAACGCUAUAGCAAGAAUGGCAGAGUAUUCUUUGAUGAUUAUGUUGCUUGCUGUGUGAAGCUUCGAGCACUGACAGAUUUUUUUAAGAGAAGAGACCACUUGAAACAAGGUGUUGCAAAUUUUGUGUAUGAUGAUUUUUUGCAGGGAACUGUGACACUUUGAAUAUCUACACCUGAAAGGUGAAGCAAUCCUGUGAAUUCCCUUGCUUUGAAGAAAAGAAAUGGACAGCUGUGAAUUUAAGUUUUGGGGACUUGUUCCUUUUUAUACCUGCAAAUAUCUUGCUUUUCUAUGUUCUUUUAAAAAAUUUACUCCAAAAUUCAAAAUAAGAGUUUCUGUAUUUGAGAAAUUGCUUUGAGCAAAGUUAUUACUAGACAAGUUUCUGCAUAAUGUCAUAAAAUACAUGAAGUAUGAUUAAUUGAUGUUAUGCUUCUAAACUGUAACUUUCAACAAUGUAAACUAGAGGAAUAUAUUUAUAAAAUAGACUAUAUAAACAACCAAUGAUGAAAGCCAAGAUAAAGCUAAUUUAUACUUGGGACCAGGUGGUGGCGCACCUGGUUAAGUGUACAAGGACUGGGGUUCAAGACUACAGUCCCCACCUGCAAGGGGACAGCUUUGUGAGUGGUGAAGCAGGGUUGCUGGUGUCUGUCUUCCCCUCCUCUCAAUUUCUGGCUGUCUCUAUCCAAUAAAUAAAGAUAUUAAUUUUAAAAAAAAUUUAUACUUACUUGAAGGUUACAAGUUACACUUUGUGAUUUGUUUGUAGCUGAUGUUUGAAAAUGAGCUAGGAGCAGCCUAGAUUGUGUGCCGUAUUUGUAUUCGAGGUUAUUCUUUGAUUGCAUACUUUGAGACUAGGAACUCGGAGGUCUUUGUUAAGAAGAAAAUUAUAAUUCCUUAAAACUUUAUCUGAAAUCACUUUUGACGAGCCAUAAAAUAAUCUGUAGUGAAAGAAAUCUAUAAGAGACAUUGUUUUUGCUUUAAUUUUUUUUUUCUAGUAUGUAAUUUUUAUAAAAUACCUUUUGCCUUCUGUGGUUUAAGACGUUCUUAAUAAAUACAACUCCUUGAUCUGAAUUUUAUUAGUGAAGACAUAAGCUAAAGGCAUCUUUCUCUAAAUCUAGGUUUCCUGGGAAUGUUACACUUUACUGAUAGAUAUAUUAACAUUUAAGUUGUUUCUGUUAAAUAGUUGCUUAUACAUAAAGUCAGCUGCUUACAAAGUUAAAAAAUCAGGUAAUCUACCAUUUUGUUUAUAUGCUCUGAAAUGGUAAUUUUACCUUUUUUGACAACUCUAGCUGAUAUAUAUAUAUAUUUCAGAAAUAAGCCAAUUAGCCUUUUAAUCGGAUCUGUGCACUGGUAGCCAUUAGCAGAUAAGCACACCAGCAACAACUGAAUGAUGUUACUAUGAAAAUUUCAAAGAUAUGGGUUCUUAAACAAAUCCUUUGUGUUCCUCUUGAUCUUAAGAUCCAGCCCUUUCUUGGCAAACAUCUUGUCUUUAUUAGUGAACAUUUCAUAAACUACCCACUUUUUGUACCUAAGCAAUAUAUAGUCUAGCUCAGAAGUUGUUAUAAAUUGAUAAACUUUAAUAUGGUAUAUAAUUAAAUUGAUAUAUUGUUAUUUAAAAUAAAAAUUCCACUAUUUUUAAAGAAUGAAUGAAGAAUGGCAUUAUCUUAAAAAAAAACUUUAAUCAGAAUUUUACAGCUUUUGCUUUGAAAAUAUCUAAGCAGGAAAAAAUAUUCAACUAUUUUUAACACUGGUAAUUUUAUAUAAUCUGCCAAAUUUAUUUGCUAAAUUUUAUAAAACUGUGAAUAAGUAAUCUACAUAGUUGUGCAUGCUGGCUGCUAAUUUAUUUUUUCAUGAACAUGUAUUUAAUGUGACAUGAUUCUGAGCCAUAAAAAUCAGCAGAAUUCUUCUUAGAAGUGUUAUAGGAAAAAGCUAAUGUAAUACAUUGUGUAUUGUAUACUGUUAAUGUUGGAUAAAGUUGAUGAUAAAAUGAACUGCCUAGAAUUCUAACAUCCAGUGUGUAGGUAAUCCAGUUACUAUACUGUUCUGAGGUCAAUCAUAAUAUUCCUUAAUCAGAACUCAGAUUUGAAAUAAAAAUUUAAAAAUGUGACAAACUAUGUUAUUGUAGAGUUUUUUUUGCCAAAUCAUACUUUAUAUUAGAACUUAUUGUAUAUAUAUAUAUAUAUUUAUCUUUAAUGCAAAGAAGGCAAUUUCCACAACCAAAAAUAUUUGGGAAGUUUUAUGUUCUUCAGGGGGCUUCAUAAAGCCUAGGUUACAUAAAAUUUUGUGUAAUUAUAUUUUUUCCUAGCAAAACUAGUGUUUAAUGCCAGGCUAACUUAAUUGUCAGAUGCUACCCUACUUAAAUGGUCUUAUAAACAUAUUCAACAUAAUAUUUCACUGAAAUUUUUGUACUGAGAUGCAAUUCACUUUAUGGAUGUUUUAUUAUCAUAGCUGACAUAAAUAUAUCUCCAUUACUAAAUUUAAAAUUAAAUAGGAGGUUUAGCUAUGGAAUAGGAGCUCUUUCAGAUCGCACUCCUGAUAAACUAGAAAACAAAAUGGAAAAAAAACACCAAGUUGUAGAUGAUGCUAUAAUUCCAUACUGAACUUCCUUGGACUCACCAAAGUGUCCUGUAACCCAGCCUCUCCAGAGCCCUGCCCCACUAGGGAAAGGCAGAAAAAGGCUGGGGGUAUGGAUCAACCUGCCAAUGCUCAUGUCCAGCAGAGAAGCAAUUACAGAAGUAGAACUCCCAUCUUCUUCACCCCAUAAAGAAUUUUGGUUCAUAGUCCGAGAGGGGUAUAUGUUAGGGGAAGAUAAUCAGUGUGCUCUGAACUCCAACUCCAUCAAGGCCCGGAGAGAAAAGACGAGAAAGAAAAAAAGGGGAGGGGGUUGACUCAAAAGGAAGAGAAGUCAGAACCAUAGAAAAAUGGGUAUAUAUAUAUAUAUA